AUGGGCCCCUGUACCGCCUCCUCAUGCUGCUGCCAGGCCCGUAAUCUGCCAUGGGCCCCCGUACCGACUCCUCAUGCUGCUGCCAGGCCCGUAAUCUGUCAUGGGCCCCUGUACCACCUCCUCAUGCUGCUGCCAGGUCCAGAGUGUGUCAUGGGUCCCUGUACGGCCUCCCAUUGCUGCUGUCUCCAUCGCCACACUCUGCCAUGUGCCACUUUCAGGUCUCCUCACACUGCUGGUGGGUUCCAUUUUUUCAUAGGGUGCUGUAUGGCCUCCCAUUGCUGCUGCCUCCACCGCCACACUGUGGCUCCACACUCUGGUUUUGGCCCCGUGACUGCCCAAAUGAGUGAAGUGUGCGGUGAUUCUAAGAUCGACGGCACUCAUCUGCAUGUCAUACUGACUGACAGUAUUAUUUCUCUUCCCCAGCAGACUCCAAGGGCAUUUAAAUUAAAGGUACAGUGUUCUGCACUAAUAUAA